AUGGGUUAUCGCAUCUCCCAUAUAGGUCCAGCGAACAGUACCGGGUGCCGCGCCCGGCGGUCGGGGCGGCACGCGCGAGUGCCGUUCACGGCUGCGCAGGCGGCGGCGCUGGAGGCCGCGUACUCGCGCGCUCCGUACCUCGCGCCGCCCGCUCUGCGCGCCCUUGCCGCCGCGCUGCAACUCCGUGACGACAGAAUAAAAAUUUGGUUUCAAAACAGGCGUGCUAGAGAAAGAAGAGAGAAAUGCGCGACGAUAACGCCACCUCAAGCUGUGACGUUACCUCCGACGACCAUGUCGCAAGGUGCUGUGAUUUCCCCAAACUCAUUCAUGCGUCAAUCUAAUGAUGCCUUGAGUACUCCGGAGGACUUAUCAACCUCAACCCUGAGUCUUACGUCAUAUUAUAAUCACAAUGGAUCUUUUAGUGACGGGUCCGAUGACGACAGGAACACUGAAAACAGACCUGAGACUCCUUUAGAUAUUGAGACCGUAGAAGAUGAAAUAUAAAUUAUAAAUAAAUUAAUAGUAUAUUAUGUUCAU